AUGAACAUCUCCCUGCCCUUGCGCCCCUCUCCGAGCAAGAGGAAUCGCGACAGCAGGAACUACUUCACAAACAGCCAGAUCAGCUCCGCGGAGGCCAUUAACGGCCCAGUGAGAGAGCCGGCUCAGAUCAAUGACCGCCUUAUUGUCGGCGUUGACUUUGGAACCACCUUCUCGGGAGUUGCUGCGGUUUACACGGGGACGCCGGAUGAUAUCGAAAUCAUCAAGACAUGGCCGGGCGGGAAUGGCAUCACCUCGGACAAGGUGCCAACUGAGAUCUCGUACGAGUUACCGGCCAACGCAGCCCCAAGCACAGCUCCAACUGUGAAAUGGGGCUUCCAGUUCAAGCCCGAGGAGUCGCGGCUCCGGUGCAUCAAGCUGUUCCUUGACCGCUCCCAGAAGCUGCCUUUCUACGUCAGCCCCCUGGAGACGGCCGCCCAGCUCAAGCGGUACAACAAGACGGUCGUCGACGCCGUGAGCGACUACCUGACCCAGAUAUACAAGCACACCAUGGACACGCUCCGCCGGCGAUACGGCGAGUCGUUCAUGGCGUCCACCAAGGUCGACUUCGUCCUGACGUGUCCUGCCGUGUGGUCCGACGCCGCCAAGAACACAACCCUUCAGGCUGCUGAGAGGGCCGGCAUGGGCUCUCAAUCACAGAUACAGAUGAUCAGCGAACCAGAAGCCGCCGCUGUCUAUACCCUAAAGGCCAUACAGCCGAACCACUUGAAGACCGGGGACAACUUUAUCGUGUGCGAUGGAGGCGGCGGCACCGUCGAUCUAAUUGCCUACAAAAUCGUCUCGCUCAACCCAAUUCGUGUAGAAGAGUCCGCUGUCGGGACUGGAGGGCUUUGCGGGAGCGCUUUCCUUAACUACCGGUUUGAAGAGCAUGUGAAGAAUCGGAUUGGGCAGAGCCGGUUCGAUGAGAUGAAGACGAAGAAGGGCAAGACAUGGCAGAUGGCGCUCAAAUACUUUGAGGAGUUUGUGAAGCGCAACUUCAACGAGGACGAGCACCAGGAAGUUAACGUUCCGUUCCCGGGCCUCCCCGACGACGAAGAAGCCGGCCUCGACUCGGGAUUCCUCGUCGUGACCGCAGAGCAAAUCAUGGACAUUUUUGAGCCCGUCGUAAAAGAAGUGUGCGACCUUGUCCAGGGCCAGGUCGACACGCUCCGCGCCAAGGGGGGCGUCGUCUCGGGCAUCAUCCUCGUCGGUGGCUUCGGCCAGAGCGAUUACCUCUACCGCCGGCUCAGGAGCCACUUCACCACCAGCAGCGCGCCGCCUCCCUACACGGAACUGCCCACCAGCGCCGCUGUCGACCUGCAAGACCGGACCUCCAUCGAGGUGAUGCAGCCCGUGUACGCGUGGACCGCCGUCGUGCGCGGUGCCGUCCUCCGCGGGUUGGAGGGCAACAUGGUCAUCUCGCGCAAGGCGCGCAUGCACUACGGCACCUCGUACGCCACCGUCUACGAUGAGACCAAGCACUCGGUCAUGGAGCGGUACUGGAGCCCGCUGUGGGAGCGCUGGAUGGUGUCCGACAGGAUGCAGUGGCACAUCGCAAAGGGCGAGGCCAUCUCCCCGCUCCAGCCCGUCGCUUUUCACUACACGCGCAAUUUCCGACCCGGUCAGUCGCUCAUCGUCACGGAUGACCUGAUUGCCUGCGAGGCGGAUGACCCGCCGAAAGCCUACACGCGCGACCUGGUGCAUGUGUGCACCCUCACGACGGACCUGAGCGCCGUGCCGCGGAGCUUGUUUACUCGUCUGACGACGACGAAGGGGGUUGAGUUUGAUAAUCUGGAUUUUACCCUCGAAAUGAUGGUCGAUAGUGCUGGGCUUCGGUUCGAGUUGAAGGUGGAUGGGGUGAGGUACGGGCGGGUUGAUGCUGAGUUCCAUUGA